GUGGCAGCAGCGACAGCCUUCGGUCUAGGCAUUGGUUUUGUUGAAGGGCCCACAAAAGCGUCUGAGUUCUUUGCGGGGUAUCUAUUGGAGCAGAGCCUAUCGGUGGACAAUCUCUUUGUCUUCGUCCUCAUCUUCUCCUACUUCAAAGUUCCCACAGCCUACCAGCCUCGGGUGCUUACGUACGGGAUCGCCGGAGCUGUGAUCUUCCGAGCCAUCAUGAUAGGUCUGGGCAUCGCGGCAAUUCAAGCAUUCGAGGCAGUGAAUCUCCUUUUUGCAGCUGUGCUCAUCUUCUCCUCGUACAAGCUACUAGCAGAGGCAGAGGACGAGGACGAUGACCUCUCCAACAACUCCGUCGUCAAGUUCUGCCAAAAGCUCAUCCCUAUAACGGAUUACUACGAUGGUAACAAGUUUUACACCACAACAGCUGCAGGCGUGCAAAUAGCCACUCCCCUCCUCCUCACUCUAGCCGUCGUCGAGCUCUCGGACAUUGUAUUUGCGUUUUACUCCAUCCCAGCGGUCUUUGGAGUCACUCGCGAUCCCUUCAUCGUCUUCACGUCCAACAUCUUUGGCCCAUCCCUGUCCAUCCCUUCCCUCCCCAUUCCACCCCAUUCCACCGCAUCCCACCCCUUCCCAUCAGUUUGA